AGAAGAAAGAAGUCACCCAGAGUCUGGAGAACUACACCUCCAAGUGUCCUGGUGGAAUGGAGAUUAUCACCCUUCCUGAUGGCUUGAAGCUACCUCCAGUGCCCUUCACAAAGCUCCCUAUUGUUCGAUCUGUGAAGCUCCUUAAUCUGCCCGUCAGUCUGCGGCCCCAUAAAGUGAAAGGCCUGCUGGGACAGAAUAUAUCCAAUGCUAGCCCUUUCAUCUACUCACCAAUCAUCAUGCACAACAGAGGAGAGGAGCGUUGUAAGAAAAUAGAUUUCCAGUGGGUUCAAGGGGAUGUUUGUGAAGUGCAGCUCAUGGUCUACAACCCAAUGCCUUAUGAACUGCGUGUAGAAAACAUGGGUUUGCUGACCUCUGGAGUAGAAUUUGAAUCUCUGCCUGCAGCGCUGUCUCUGCCUGCCGAGUCUGGCCUGUACCCUGUUACUCUGGUUGGCGUCCCACGUACAGCCGGGAACAUUACUGUCAACGGUUACCACACGUCAGUGUUUGGUGUAACCAGUGAUUGCCUGCUGGAUGGCCUGCCUGGUGUGAAGACUAGCGGCUGUUUAGUGGAGGUCAUUCCCGCUCUUCCUCGCCUCCAGCUCCAGACGUCACUGCCACGGUCAGCCUACACACCUCACCCCAUGUCCAAAGAAGAGCUGUCUAGCUCCGUGUCUGUCCAGCUGUUCAACGGAGAGACGCAGCAGUUGACCAUCACCUUAGAGAACAUUGGAUCUGAGGACAUAGAGACUUUGGAGCUCACCUCUAAGAUUGUCAGCACCAAAGAAAAAGUGUUUGGGGAAUUUCUGAGCUGGGAGUUAGAUGAGGCAUUGUCUCACCUGCCUCUAAAGCCGGGCCAGUCUGUGACACUGACUGUCAACAUCAAAGUCAAGCUCGACUUCUCCGGCCAGGAAAACCUGCUGCAGGACCUCAACGAUGAUGGAAUCAGUGUGACGGGCUUACCAAUCUCCAGUCCCCUCCGCCAAGUCCUCAAACCCAGGGCUGAAACCAAGCCCGUCGGCAGCGAGUCCAGCAAGGCUGAGUACAGCCACAUUAAGACUUUGGAGGCGGUGCUGAACUUCAAGUACUCGGGGGGAGCAGGCAAAGUUGAAGGCUACUACAGGGAGCUGUCUUUGGGUGUCCAUGUUGAUGUGGAACCUUCAGUGUUUUUCACCCGAGUCAGCACCCUCCCUGCUACCAGCACCCGCCAUUGUCAUCUACUGCUCGACAUCUUCAACCCAACAGAGCACGAACUCACUGUCAGGGCCAAGAACAAUCAGGACCUGGUUCUCCACGCCAGCGAAUGCCAGAGGAUGGCCAUCCAGGUGGACAAGUUUGACUUUGAGAGUCUGCCACAGCCGGACCAAGAAAGUAUUCGCUUCAGUAACCCCAAACAGCUGGAGGAGGAGCGACAGCACGCCCAAGGCUGUCAGAUCAACAGCAAGCUGGGCAUCUGUUGGAGCAUUCCAUCUCUGCGUCGCUGUGGAGAAGCCAGCGUUGAGGGAGUCCUCAAUCAGCUGGUCCUGGAGCACCUGCAGCUUGCUCCUCUGCAGUGGGAUGUGUUGGUGAAUAAGAAACCGUGUGACUGCGAUGUCAUCGCCGACUGUAAAGUGGGGGAUGCUGUGAGCCUGGAAGUAAAACUGACCAAUCGCAGCAAGAAUUCAGUGGGGCCCCUGGCUCUGAACGUGGUGCCAUAUCAGGACUAUCAGAAUGGAGUCCAGAACUACGAUCUGGAGGACGGAGUCACCUUCAUCGGCUCCAACACCUUCUACAUUGAUACGGUUAAACCCAACGAAAGUACUGUAUGUGAGGGUGCCCUGCUUUUCCUUUACACCGGAGAUUUCUACCUUAGUAUCAAAUUCCAGGACGACAGCGCUGGACGAGAGCUUCCUUUGGCCUGGUUCACUCUGCCCAGCGUCCACAUCAGAGCGCUCGACACUCCACCACAGGCCGGGGCCUGAGGACUUCAAGGUCAUAGACCUGACCAAGAGAUCGGGCGUUUUGUUGCUGUUAUAUGUAAAUACAGUAGCAUUAUAAUGAAUUGACAUGUGAAUAUCAUUUUGGUAAAUGUUUCUGCAUUUGUAUAGUUAACACAACCUGUGUGCUUGGGGUGAAUAAAAACAAAACACACAAUCUGCAAAUUUGCGCGGGGUAAUGUCAGGUGAAAUGAAAUUCUCCAUCCUUUCUGAGCGCAGCCAUUUAGUGCAAUCACAGCAGGGAGACAAAGUAAAUCGGCUCGUUUCCUGGUUAAGACAGCACAGCAAUUCACACUGUUAACCAGCAGCAACACAUGUUAACAAUGUUGAUCACUGAGGAAGCAAGCUAGCUAGCCUCAGAUACAGGAAGUCAUCUUAUUAGCUGUGCAGCAGCAUCUGAUUUUGUGUAGCCCUGAUUUGUCAGACUGUGGAUUGCUCUGUGUUACACAUACUGUGUGGUUGGUUGUCAGUUGUAAGUCAAGGGGGAGUAAGUGUGCUCAUGUUUUCAUAUUGUCC